AUGCGGGAGGAGAUCAUCACGACGCCGGCGGCCAGCGACGCGGGCCUGGAUGGCACUCUGAGGAGUGUGACGUCCAAGACCUCCAAGAGCUCAAAGAAGGAUGUCGAUGUGGCGGAGUCGAUGACCUGGAAAGAGGCGGAAGAGAUCAUCGAGCGUGUGGCGCCGCCUGCGUGCUAUCACUGGUGGAGGCACCCGGAUCAGGCAGAGAUUGCCCACCACAUGAAGGCCCAGGUGUCGCGCAAGACGCGGAGCAACGCUCCAGACCUACCUGUCCCGCAGCCCGCGGGCCAGAGCUUCGGCAAGGCCAUGGACGGGUGA